AUGUCCUCCUCUCUCCCCGGCACUCGGGAUCUCCCCCGGUCCCAACAUGACCUGACCACGUAUUGGGGUCGUGUGCGCGAAUCGGCCGGCAUUUCUGAUCCUCGAAUGCUCUUCAUCUCCUCCGCUGGCCUAGAAAGUGCAAAGAAAUUAAUCGUCUCAUACAAAAAUGGCGACACGAAGGAAAUGUCUCCUGAGCUGUGGCGCGCAAAGCAGAUUGUCGAUUCGACGCUGCAUCCUGACACCGGAAAACCGGUCUUUCUUCCCUUCCGAAUGUCCUCAUUCGUUCUCUCCAAUCUGGUCGUAACAGCCGGCAUGCUCACCCCCGGCCUUCAGACAACAGGCACCCUCCUCUGGCAAAUAGCCAACCAAUCCCUUAACGUCGCCAUCAACUCCUCCAACGCCAACAAAUCCACCCCUCUCACAACCUCCAUGCUCGUCAAAUCCUAUCUCCUCGCCGUCUCUGCCUCCUGCUCUGUGGCUCUGGGACUAAAUGCAAUCGUCCCUCGCCUGAAAAACAUCUCCCCAAACACAAAACUUAUUCUCAGCCGUCUUGUCCCCUUUGCAGCUGUCUCGAGCGCAACGGCGCUUAACGUGCUGCUCAUGCGCAGCGAAGAGAUCCGUCGCGGUAUCGACGUCUACCCGAUCCUCAGCGAAGAAGAGAAACUCGCCGGCGCGCCCGUUGAGUCCCUCGGAAAGAGUAAAGUCGCCGCGAAAAUUGCAGUUGGCGAAACCGCCAUUAGUCGCGUGCUAAACGCAACACCUAUCAUGGUUCUUCCGCCGCUUAUCCUGGUGCGUCUCGAGAAAAUGGAUUGGCUGAAACAGCGUCCUAGAUUGGUGCUUCCCGUCAAUUUGGGUUUGAUUCUCACGACAUCGAUAUUUGCGUUGCCGUUGGCGCUGGGCGCGUUUCCGUCUAGACAGGCUAUUAGUGUGAAGAGCCUUGAGGAGGAGUUCUGGGAUAAGGGGGGACGGGAGGGGAAGGUUGAGUUCAAUCGGGGGAUGUAA